UUUGAACUCUUUAAUAUUCUAAUCUCUUAAUAUUCUCUUGCAAUUAUUAUUCAUAUAAUUAUAAUAUUCUUGUAGUUUUAUGCAGUUUACACUUAAAAUAUUUAAAACAAAAAAGUAUGUUAAACAUACUUUAAUAUUAAUACCUGUCAUAACAGAUAUUCAAUACUUUUGACAUAUGAAUUUAGAAGUAUUUAAUAGAGUGAACUGGAAGGUAUACAGGCACAUAUGUGCAAUAUGUAUAUCUAUACUAUUUUUAAUGGGUAUACAUUAAAUCAAUAAACCUCAGACUUUUAAAAGUAUCUAAGGAGGGCACUGGUGGACGUUCCGGUAUGUAUUGUGAAUGGGCUUCACUGACUUCAGAUGUUCAAAAUUGUGGGGAAUUUGGACAAAGUGUUCUAAGCAAGUUUCCAUCUGGUUCAGGAAAAGAAGUUGUAUUAUCUAUCAUCAAACAGUUGUCCUCAACUUUAGGGAUAACUCAACCACCUGAACCUAGUAAACUUGCCAAAGACAAUGAAGUAACCUGGUGUAUGGAAGUUAUUUGUUAUGGUUUAAGUUUACCAUUAUCUGAGCAUGAUACAAUUAGAGAUUGUGUUCAUAUAUAUUGUGAUUGGCUUUCAGCAUUAUAUGAAACGCCAAAAGUAUCAGUUCCAAAACCUGUGUGUAAUGAUCCAAAUUUAUAUGCUAGAAAAAUUAUUUCACAUUUCUAUAAUUUAUUUGUGCCACGAAAAGGAGAAGCCUGGACAUUUUUGUAUUUAAAUAUUGGUACUGAUACUAUUAACCGUCAAGCAGUAUUAUGCCAUCGUGUUUUAAGAACAUUGCAUGAUUUGUCACGAACAUCUAAAAUUAUAGAGCCAGAAACUUGGGAGUCUCUGUUACUGUUUCUCCUUGCUAUCAAUGAUGCUCUAUUAGCUCCACCUACUGUUAAAGAAGAUGUUGGGGAAGAAUUAUGUGAACGAGUACUAAGUGUCUUAAUAGAAGUAUGGCUUGUAGCUUGUGUGCGUUGUUUUCCUUCACCUUCAUUAUGGAAAACAUUACGAGAAAUGGCUGUCACUUGGCGUCAUCGAACAGCUUUGAUUCAUCAAUGGAACCGUAUAAACUUAGCACUUACUGCUCGUGUUUUAACAUUUAUGUAUGGACCAGAUUUUCCACAACUAAAAAUACCUAGUGAAGAUGCUAAUUUAAUACCAACUGGUAUGACUAAUCAUACAGUUGCUCAAAGUUGGUUUAGACUGUUACAGACUAUUGGAAAUCCUGCUGAUCUUAGUCGCCCAUCAAUAAUUAGCCGAACUCCAAAAUUUUUACAAGCUGCACUUUCUGACCCUAAUCAUAGACUUGUAGAUCCAUCUAAUCAUCCAUGUUUAAAUGUAUUGCCUUACAACUUUUAUGUAGCUAUACGUGGGAUAUCAUCACUUGUAGAUGCAUUUUUAGGCAUUACUUCUCAUCCUACUAUUAUUUGGGAUGACAUCUUACCUUGGACUACAGGAAGCACUUUGAAUAAAAAAGAAGCAAUUACAGUAACACAUACACCGCCUUCACAACGUCGAUUGGCUAAAAGUUUUAGCGUUGCACCUUCACUUACCAAUAAGGGUAUACCAAAAUCUUCUUUAGUAGGCUUAACCACUAGCCGUAUUAGUACACAAUCAAAUAAACUUUCUUCAUCGAAUACUUCUACAUCAUCUAUAGUCUCAGAACCCAAAAUAUUUGCUGAAAAUCGACCUCGUUGUAACAGUAUUCUUCAUUUAUUUGGUGAAUGGUUAUUUGAAGCUGCAUUAAUUGGAGUGGACUUUAAUAAGCCUAAGUCUUCUACUAUGUCUGAUAGUAGAAUGUGUAAACGUCCAAGUUCAGUGAUGUUUGAUACUACAAGUAUAAGAAGUAGUGGUUCUGGUGGUGGAUAUAGUAGUAUGGGAGGAGGUAGUACUGCAUCAGCAUCUCAACCAAAUUCAUUAACAGAUAAUGUAUCUGAUAGCAUUGAUUCUAUAACUUCUGGUUCCGCCAAUGUUCUUCAUUAUGACCGUUAUAUGCCGGGUCGAGCUGAGGCAAUAGGAACUUUAUGUAGAAUAUUUUGUUCCAAGAAAACAUCCGAAGAAAUCUUGCCAGUUUAUUUAGCUAGGUUUUAUAUGGCAAUUUAUGAAGGAUUACAUAUUAAUGAAAUACACGAAUGUGAUGAAACAAUUUCAAGUAUAUUGUUAAAUUCUCAUAACCUUUUACGUUUGGAUCUAAAUGGAAUUAAUGUACUUAUACCAUUUAUUAUCGAAACACUAGAACUUGUAUUACCUGAGAGAGAACUUAAACUCAAAUCAAAUACCAUUCCUAAAAAUGAAUUAAGAAGAUCAGCAAUACACUUAUUACUUUCUAUGCUUUCAUUGCCAUUGCACUUUAAAAAUUUAACUAUCAAAGAUCUUAAUGUGUUUAACAACAGUACACGAGGACCUAUUGUUAUGGGAGAACUCAAACCUCGUAUUAUGAAUCUUCUCAUAAAUGCCUUGCAAUUUGAGUCCGAUUCCCAUAACUCUCAAAUGCUUUUAGGAGGAUUAUUGUUAUGUGUACAAGAUUCUGCUACAUUUGAAGAAUCUGAAAAUGAUGCAGAUUCUAAUGUUACUGCACAUAGUGAUACAACUUCUAAUUUGCUUUCUUCAGUGGAAACCAUGAGUUCAUUUAGCUUACCAUCCAGUAACCAAGAUCAAUUGAUGAAUUUACCUCAAAGCAGUACAAGUAAUAUACCAACUCCUGAAUCUAAUUUAGAUUCAACCGGUUUUAGUAUUGCUGAUCCAUUUGACUUCUCAAUCUUAAACAAAAAUUCUGCUCAUGCAUUAUAUGUCAGAGCUACAUAUUUAGUAUGCCACAGACUUAUUUCUUCAUGGAAAUCCGAUCUCAACAUUUCACUGGCAGCUUUAGAAUUACUUAUGGGUUUAGCUAGAGUUCAUAUCAAAGAAGCAGCAAGAAAAUUAACUGAUUCAUUGGAAUGUAAAAGAGCUGUAAAAUGGUUGUGUGAUUAUAUAACUUACCAAUGUUCACGUCCACCUCCAGCUCAUUCUCGAGAUUUACAUUCUACUAUUGUUGCUGCAUAUCAAUGUGCUGCAGUUUGGCUUGUGGCACAUCCUUACCUACUUGAUGAUAAAGAUUGUUUGAACACUAUUAUUGAAGUUGUUGAACUCGGUAUAUCGGGUACUAAAUCGCAUGGAAAACCUCAAGAACCAAUAAAAAUGAAAGAUGAAAAAGAACUCAAACCAGCUUCGAUGAGAGUAAGAGAUGCUGCAGAAUCAUUACUAACCAUCAUAUUAGAACAAGUUGGGUAUUUUCCAUCUGUCUGCGGUGCAGAAAGUCUAUCAUGUUUAUUAGAUGAAAUAACAUUAAUCAAACAUUGUAAUUCCAUAGCCACUGAUAAUGUUGAGUGCAAAUCUCAUGCUGUAUCCAAAUUUCGGUACUUUGUAUUAGAAAAUUCUAUAAUUUUAGCUCUUUUUGAAGAGCCUUUAGGUAAUAAUCAAGAUGCACAGCCAACUUUAACAGUAUUAAUUAGGGGAUCAUUUGGACGACAAGCUUGGACUUUACAAUUAAGACAUUUGCCACGACAUCGAUCUUCAUCAACAAAACAAUAUAAUGUUUGUCCUGGACGUCCAGUUGCAAUGGAAGAACCUAGUCGACAUAAACAUAUCCGUAGAUCUACUACACAUUUCUCAGAAAGCAUUGAACGAAUACCAACUUGCAAAAUCGAUAAAUCCAUACCAAAUUUAGAUAGUUUAGUAUUUGAUGAUGAAGAACAUAGUAUAUUAUCUGAUUUAAUUGAGAAACAAAAGGAAAUGGAACAUUCUUAUACAGAACCACCACCCAAAGCAACAGAAAUGCUACCACCUCAACCUUGUACAGAUUUUAAUACAGCUAGAUUAUUCUUAUCACAUUUUGGAUUUUUGUCAAGACUAGAUGACACUAAUUAUUUUUUUUUCCAGCCGUCAUCAGUUCCAUCUUUAGUUGCAUUAAAUGUUCAUCAUGAAAAUUUUUGUAAAGACCUUGAAAUUCUAGAUAACACUCCAUCACGGACAUGUGAUACUUGUCAUGUAUUUUAUGUGAAAGAUGGUCAAAAAAAUUUCAAAGACAUUCUCAAUAAUGUGAAUUCCAAUGCUUCUGUUUCUUCUAACUUCUUAGAAAUGCUUACUAAUCUUGGUUGGUCAGUUAAUAUUAAUGAACAUCCUGGAUGGACAGGACAUGUAGAAACAAGUUGGAAUUUACCUAACCAUAGCCAUUCCAAUGAUCAUAUAUUCAAUACUACUCAUGGUGGAAGUCUAUAUAAUGGUGAAUCACAAGUAAUAUAUUGGGCUGAUGUUAGUUCUGAAAUAGCUUUUGUUGUUCCUACCAAUGGGAAACCACAAAAAUCUAAAGGUGAUGUUUCACAAGUAACCCAGAGAUAUUUAAAACCAGUUACUACAAGAGCUUUGUCUAUUGAAUUUGAUUAUAAAGGAAAACCUACCCAACAACAUAUCGAACCAUCCAAAAGACGUCCACAAUUUGUAUCCGCUACUGUAAUGUUAGUUUGGUUAGAAAGUUUUGAAGAUCAUAUACAUUUUCCUAUUGCAAAUCUUCUACCCUAUACAAAUACUGGUGUUGAACCUUCAUCACACAUAAAAGAUAUGGGAGAUGUACAUAUUAUAUACUUGCAUGCUCUACAAAGUGGAUUAUUAAGAGUGAAAAUGCAAGGGCCAAUUGGAAGAACAAAUCUUGCUACCCCAUUAGUUGAUGGUAUGGUUAUUAGUAAGCAAGUAGUUGGUACAAUGGUCAGACAGACUGCAUUAAAUAUAUGUAGACGUAAAAGAUUAGAGAAUGACAGCUUUCAACCUGGUCAUAUCCGCAGACGAUUAAAAAUUCAAGAAAUAGUUGGAAAAUACCAAAUAAAGAUGACUAAACCUGAGCUUUACACAUAUUUAUUAAGUCAAGCUAACUCCAUUUAAAAACAAUUUUUAUUUGGUGACUGACUUGUGCAAUAUAUAUUUUUUACAAUCAAUAUUGUUUAUAGUAUCAACUAAUUUAAGGCGUAACAUCUGUCCCAUAUUAAAUUCCAAAUUUUGUGAUAUUUUAAAAUUUUAUUUUUAUUUCAAAUUCUUAACAUUGUUUACCGUUAUC